UGGCACAAAAGUAUACGGCACAAAUGAUCGCCUGUGGUAGAGAGGUAAGAAAUCAGUGGUGGGGAGCCGAAAAGCAUUGAAGCAACUGAGGAACUUUCUUCUCAGUCCGUAAUGACGAGUCAGAUUAAUGAGAAAAUGGAACGAGUUGGAAUAGUAUAAAGUAUCGAUAAAUAUCAUUUAAAUUAAAAUACUAAAUAAGUUUGACAAGAGCCAUUUGUAUUUCAAACAUGGCUAACUACAAAGGAGCUGCUAGUGAGGCGGGACGAGCCAUGCAACUAAUGAAAAAACGUGAAAUAGCUCAACAAGAAAUUGAAUUUAGAAAAAAAAAAAUUGAAGAUGAUAUGAAAAUUCACAAUAUUGAAAAUAAAUUUGCCACUCAUUACAAUGCUGUAGAACAACAACUAAAAACUUCAACUAUUGGACUCGUUACUUUGGAUGAAAUGAAAGCUAAACAAGAAAUUAUUGUAAGAGAAAGAGAAAGAAAAUUGGCACAAAAAGAACGUGAGAAAGCACAAGAGAAAGAAAGAGUUCUAGCAGCUAAACAAGCUGAAAAAAAUAAACAAAAGAAACAAAUCCGAGCAUUAUCAUUUAAUAUGAAUGAAGAUGAAGUCAUUUCUGAUGAUGAUUCAACGACAGAUUAUCAAUUAUCAAAUGAUCAAAAUAAAUUAAUAUCUUCAAAUUUUGAUGAAUCUUUUCGCACUGUCAAAAAAAUUAAAAAAAAUCCCGACGUUGAUACAAGUUUUUUGCCAGAUCGUGAAAGAGAAGAUGAAGAACAUAGAAUUCGGGAAGAAUUACGACAAGAAUGGGCAAUAAAACAAAAUGCUUUGAAAGAAGAAGAAAUUGAAAUAACUUUCAGUUACUGGGAUGGUUCAGGACACAGAAAAAGUGUGAUUAUGAAAAAAGGAAAUUCUAUAUAUCAACUUCUGCAACGAUGCUUAGAAAUUUUAAGACGCGAAUUUAGUGAACUAAAAACAGUUAUGGCUGAUCAAUUAAUGUAUGUUAAAGAAGACCUAAUUCUUCCUCAUCAUUAUACGUUUUAUGAUUUUAUUGUAUCAAAGGCACGAGGAAAAAGUGGACCUUUAUUUACUUUUGAUGUCCACGACGAUGUUCGUAUGAUGCAUGAUGCAUCGGUCGAAACUGAAGAAUCACAUGCUGGAAAAGUAUUAUUAAGGUCUUGGUAUGAAAGGAAUAAACAUAUUUUUCCUGCCAGUAGAUGGGAACCAUUUGAUCCAACAAAAUGUUACGAUAAGUACACUAUUUCUGAUAGAAAUAAAAAAAAAGAAAAAACUAUAUAACGUCUGUAAAUUUUUUAAAUGUAAAAUAAAAAAUAAGUUUUUUUUGUAUGAGUUA